AUGUUUCUCAAGCGCAAGCGUUCCGAAUCCGAGAUCUCAACCACUUCAUCUCUCCUAUCCAGUCCUCUACACUCCAGCAACUCCAAUUCUAUGCAUAUUGAUUCUCCAUCAAUAAGAUCACCGAAUCUUUUCUCCUCUCGUACCAGGAAGCGUCAUAGAGAUAAUCGACCAAGUGAAGACACCGUCCAUCAACAUACCCUCUCCCUCCUUUAUUCAGCGCAGCAACCUUCAAAUAUAAAUACAAACUGCAUGCCACCGCCCUCACCUUCCGCAAUCUCACCUCACACCAUAAUACCUAACCCACCAAAUAACGCUCCACACCAAGCCUCACUCCACUCUUUCUGGCAAUUACCAUCAAACCGUCAAGUUUCACCUUCCAGCGAUUCAUCUUAUACAUCAUCCACAUCUGUUUCUCCUAAAACAAUCACACAUCCUCACCUAAUACCGACCAAUUGUGAGGACUGCGAUGCAUCACUAGCGAACACGGAAGGGGGUGACGAAAUGGAUGUAGAUACUAUAAUGGAUAUUGAUAUGUAUGGAGCAGGAGAGACAAAUCAUGCAUGUACGAAUUGUGGGAAACAAGUUUGUCAUUCCUGUGCUGUGAGUAACUUAGGAGUGGAAAGAAAAUGUCUACUUUGUGCUGGAAGUAAUAGAAAUGAAAGGAAAUGGGUUGGAGGCUUGGGGUGGAUGAAUUAG